AUGAUGGAUACAAGCAAUGGUCUUGAGUUUGCUUUUCUUGGAGAAAUUAAAGGUACAAAGGAAAUGGAAUUAGUCUCUUCUGAGGCUAAAGAUAUGUCUCAGUCGCAAGUUGAGUUUUCAGAAGAUAUUAUGAAUCUCGUCGUUGAAGAAAGUGAGAUAGAUGAAGACUGCAGUAUUUGGGGAAAACCUAAGAGAAAAGGUAGAGUAUUUUCUGAAAACAUAAAAGAAAGGAAGAGACUACAACAACCUAUGAAGCUGAGCUAA